AUCACGUCUGCACACCGCACAAUAAAGAGGGAAGAGGAAGUUGCAACAAAUGAUUGAUGAGUGUUUAGGGAAGUCAGUGAAGACGUAAUUAGGACUUUUGGAGCAUGUCUGUUGGCAACUUUUUGUCCACACCCAAAAUGCUUGUUCUUCCGCACCAUACCCAUCCAAGCAGGCUUUUAUGGACCAUGUUUGUUGCACAGGGGACUGCAAAAUACAUACGAUUAGCCAAGAUGUCCUGCUGGAUUUAUCCCGAUGCUUUUGUCUCCAGGAGGAUGUGCAUUUUUCUUCCAUUUCUCUGGGUUUGUCUCCUGGGAGCCUCUCCAGUUUCAGGCUACUUCCUGGGGGACACCAAGGCAGUUCUGAACGGCUGCAAGGACCACUGGACCCUGCAGGACAGGACGGCCAUGCCCUUGCUUUUCCACAUGACCGUGUGCGUGGACGUGCGCAUGGUGGACCCUGGUGCGUGGGUGGCCUUCUCCUACAGCUCGGCCCAUGCGCCAAAGCCCGAGCUGGGCCUAGAGGGAGACAUGGGGGCCCUGUACGGGUGGCUGCUUGGGGUGAGACAUCGCUUCCCCAUCAGUCUCACCCUGGAUCGCUGGCACAGGGUGUGCUUGAGGAGGAACGUCCCUGGGAACUCCUUCAGCCUGGAGCUUGAUGGCCGACUGGUGGCAGAGCGUACCGUCAUCGCCCAGGCUAUCCCUCCAUCGGGCUCCUUGUGGCUGGGCUGCCGUCCCCGACAAUUACCGCCUGGGGCCGCGGUGGCACUGGGCCGGGUGGAGGUCUACAUGUUCCGCAUGUGGGCCGACCUGGCUCACCGCGGCUUCUGCGAGGAUGGUGCCGUGAUCGGCUGGGACGCCCGCUUCUGGGGCGUGACCAGUCCCCGGGCCCGGCAGAGGGAUGACAACCUCCCUUGUGCACAAACACCUGGAUUUGGAGGCUCUUUUUCUCCUCCACCUUUUUCAACAUCUACAGUGGGUAGCCUCUGGCAAAGUGAGCCUCCGUCAGUAGUAGCGACCCCUCGUGGCCAUGUAGCUAAAACCUUACCUAUGACUCCACCCACAACGCCUGGUCCGCAUGUGGUGGUGACAAAUGCAGCAGUCCCAUCUAGCACAUUAGCCCCGCCCUCUAGCUCCAGCCUGGCCCUUCAGUUGUCAAUCAGCACCCUAGCUCCUCCUACAAGGUCUCUCCUUCCUGCCGCUCAAACUACAGCCACAACAACGCCCCGCCCACUCAUGGUAACAACAAAUGUAGAAAUCCUAACUAGCACGUUAGCCACGCCUUCUAACCUCACCCCGACCAGCCAGGUGUUCAGCAGCACCCCGGCUCCUCCUCCAUGGUCUCCCCCAACUGCUGAUCAUACCCCACCCACAACAAUGCCCCGCCCAGUUUUGGUGACCACAGGUGCAGAAGUCUUAAGUAGCACGUUAGACCCGCCUUCUAACCCCAGCUCGGCCAAUCACGUGUCAAACAGCACCCAGACUCCUCCUCCAUGGUCUCCCCCAACUGCUGGUCAUACCCCACCCACAACAAUGCCCCGCCCAGUCUUGGCGACAACAGGUGCAGAAGUCUUAAGUAGCACGUUAGACCCGCCUUCUAACCCCAGCUCGGCCAAUCACGUGUCAAACAGCACCCAGACUCCUCCUCCAUGGUCUCCCCCAACUGCUGACCAUACCCCACCCACAACAAUGCCCCACCCAGCCUUAGUGACAACAGGUGCAGAAGUCUUAACUAGCACGUCAGAUCCGCCUUCUAACCCCAGCCCGACCAAUCAGGUGUCAAGCAGCACCCAGACUCCUCCUACAAGGCCUCCCUCGCCUGCUGCCCAAACCACACUCACAACAACGCCGCUCCGCCCAAUCUCAGCGACAACAACAACAACCACUGAAGUUCCAACAGUAACGUUAGCCCUGCCUGCUAACCCCAGCCCGACCAAUCAGGUGUCAAGCAGCACUCAAGCUCCUCCUACAAAAUCUUCCCCAUUUUAUGACCAAAUUACAUCAGGGUCCCGCCUCUGCGACUGCACUGCUUUCUGCAACACGACAAGUCAGUUCUUUGCUUUGGGCUUUAAUAUCAACAGUGCUGCCGUUAAUGUGGACGCACUACAAAGUUUGUUGUCAAGGCUUCCGUGUAGCCCCAUGUCAGGGUGUAAAGACUACCCAAAUAUCCUCAAGUACUUCCAGGGUGUCCACCUGGAAUGUGACGGCACUCAUGACAGGUUGAACAGCUGCAUGGUCAUAGUAGAAGUGUCCGGUCCGGUCGACGGCUGCUCGCUCGGGCCACUCGUGAAGGAGGUGAUUGGAAGUUACGGCGACGUCACGAAUCAAACGUCGCUGGCACGCAUGGUGGUGUGUGGUUCUCCCGGCAUGCCGCUUCAUCACCUGCUGGCUUCCAACCUGAGCUGGUCUGCUCAUGACCUGCUGAUGUCAGACAUAUGCCGCCAUGAUGCCGCUCCGCUUCACUGCGCCACUAACCAAACUCGUGCGCUGCUCCUGGCCGACAGUUGCCCUCCUUCACUAACAGUUUCACCCGCUCCGAUCAAUGAAGCAACGCCCACUACUGCCACCGAUCAUGACGAGGGCUUUGCCAACAUGGCCGCCACAGCUCGUGCUGCCUUCACCGACGGCACAACAUGUCAACGAAACACAACACAGUCCUCGGCGGUUGACACUAAAACAACUACUGACAACCCGCCAGAGAGUUACAAUGUGACUGCAGUUGGGGGUCAAGGGACCAACGUAACUACACUUUCCUCAGCGGAUGUGACUACACGUCUUCCAAACAAAGCUCCCGCCACCACAACAGAGCUUCAUCCGACUGCAGCCAACACCACUGGGAAUGAAAAGAGCAGCAGCCCUAAUGUGACAACACAAUUACAAAAUGCAACAAUCUCCACUUCUACUACCAGUGACACAGUCUUAGGAAGCGUAGCCACUCCAGAACCACAACAGAACUCAAUCCUUCCUGAAAAAACACAAACACUGGCGACGACAUUCGGCAACAAGGCCGUUCCUUCAACUCCUCUCAUCACUGCCACGCCGCUGACCGACCACACGACCAUUAACACCAACACGACAGCCAACAACAACGACAGCACGUCCGCCAUAUUUGUUAGCAAGUCAACCAAUUACUCCAAAUUAACGCCCCGUGAAGGUACCCCGAUGAUGACUACCGAGACAUUUCCUGACCAAGAUAACAGCACAGGUGCAGAGGCGACCUCCAUAACCCUGAGAACACCUGUGACUUCCACAUUGUCUUCUGGAACGAAGAAGAACCUGGAGGAGCAAGCGGACAAACUUCUGGAAAGAGCACAAGAUGCAUCCAAGCUCAACUCCUCGCAGGUGGCAGACGUGGUAGAGCAGCUGGAGAAACUACUGGAUGCUGCCUCAGUCUCCCAAGCGGUGGGCAGGAAAGCCAUCAGCAUCGUGAGCCACCUGAUGGAAAGUGACCCACGUGCCCUGUCAUCGUCUUCCAACAGGAUCAUUCGCCUGGUGGAGGACUUGGGUCUCAAGCUGGUGGUAAGCGGUGUAGCUGUGGUCCUCUCUUCCGGUUCGCUGGUUCUAGCGGUGCAAAAAGUGGAUGGAAGCAACUUUCCAGAGAUGUCCAUCAACAUCUACAACACUGGCGAUGUUCAGCUAAGCGGUCUCAGCAGGUCCGAAUCCAGGAAGAAGGACUCCACCAUGGGGUCUGUGUACCUGCCGUCCUCCAUCGCCGAGGGCUUGAGUCCUGAAGAGCAGAGGCAGCUCAAAAGGGUCCAGUUCACCUUCUACACCAAGCCCGUCUUGUUCCAGGAUGACACAUUGAACAACCAGACUGUGGUCAGUUCAGUUCUGGCGUCCAGUGUCGCCAAUUUGUCCAUUAGCAACCUGACUGAGAACAUUAGCUUUACCAUUCGGAACCUACAUCCUAUACAUGCGGACUAUAAGGCUGUUUGUGCAUUUUGGAACUUCACUAUGAAUGGCGGUGCAGGAGGUUGGAGCUCGGCCGGCUGCUUUGUGGUGAACUCCACUCCCUGGGGAACAACCUGCACCUGCGACCACCUCACCUCCUUCGCCAUUCUGCUGGAUCUCUCCCGAGAAGGAAUAAAAGACCCCCAGCAGGCACAAAUCCUCACCUUCAUCACAUAUAUCGGCUGCGGCAUUUCGGCUAUUUUUGUUGCUGCCACCUUAUUGACUUACCUUUCAUUUGAGAAGCUGUUGCGGGACAUUCCGGCCAAGAUCCUGGUCCAGCUCUGCUUCUCCCUCCUCCUCCUCAACCUGGUCUACCUACUGGACGGCUGGCUGGCGCUCUACCCGGCUCGCGGCCUUUGCAUCAGCACCGCCUUCUUCCUGCACUACUUCCUGCUGACCUCCUUCACCUGGGCCGGGCUGGAGGCCCUGCACAUGUACCUGAGCAUCGUGCAGGUGUUCACGCCGUACCUGAGCAGAUACAUGCUCAAGUUCUCGCUCAUUGGCUGGGGUGCUCCUGUUGUGGUGGUGGUUGUGGUGAUCUCCGUGGACAAAGACAAUUAUGGUCUGGUUAAAUAUGGAAGGUACACGGAUGGCACCUCAGAUGACUUCUGUUGGCUACGUAAUGACACGGCCUUCUAUGUGGCCGUGGUGGCCUACUUCCUGCUCAUCUUUGCGUCGUGCCUACUGGUCUUCGUGGUGGUCAUGGUCCAGCUGUCCCGCAUCAAGAGACAGAACCCGCACAACCAGUCCCCUCACAGGGGCUUGGCCACCGACCUCCGGAGCAUCGCCGGCCUGGUGGUGCUGCUGGGCCUGGCUUGGGGCUUUGCUCUGUUCGCCUGGGGGCCGCUCUACCUGCCCUUUGUGUACCUCUUCACCAUCUUUAACUCCCUACAAGGUCACAUUUCACUCACACCAUAUGUUCGGAGACUUUGUCAACCGCACAAAGCUACUUUUAAUCCUCCUGCAGGCUUCUUCGUCUUCGUCUUCCACUGCGCCUGCAAGGAGAACGUGCGCAGGCAGUGGAGAACCUACCUGUGCUGUGGUCGCCUGCGAUUGGCUGAAAACUCUGAAUGGAGUCGGACGGCCACGCGGGACAACAGGAAUUUUUCGGCAACGACCUCAUCCGCCUCGGCCCCUCGACAGCUGUCUUCACGAAGCUCCUCUGUCGCCAGCAACAGCACCAACAGCAGCAGCUCUGUGUUUGUGGACGGCGGUUUGUCCGAUGGAUCGAGCAGUGACGUCAUCCUCAACGAGCUUCACAGACAGACGGUGUCAUUUUAAGGCCACACCCACUUUGGUGUGUAACAGCUGCUUCGCUACGAAUGAUUUUGUGUACAUACAGUAAAUUUGGAUGUCAGCAUUUUUACACACGACACUCUCUUCUAAUAACAAAACGACGUGAUUCGUUUUAACCGGUUUAUAAAACCCCCCUUUCUGCAAGGCUUAACUCUAAAUUGCAACAGAAAUGUUUGCAAAACAUCUAUUUCAAGGUAUAACUUACAAAAUAUAUAAAAAGGAAUAUAUUUACCUAUUUGUGCUUUAUAAGUUGUUUUUAUUUUGGAAUUAUUUUGAAUACAUUUAUUUUAUUUUGAAGUCUUUUAAUUUAAUGUUUUUCUAAAUAAUUUUAUUUUUAUGUGUCAUUUUUUUACUGAUUUAUUUUUUUUAAAUGAUUAUAGUUUUUAUUUACUCAUUUUAAAAAUA